AUGACGGAAACAGCCAAGCGGAUGGGAACAUCUGGGGCGAGCCUCGGGAAGCGACGCCACUGGCUGGUGCAUUUCAAUUCUCAGUCUCUCAUUCUCGACUCUCGACAGUCCUGUCUCCGUGCGGCAGCGGUAGGGCGGAGAGCGGGCACCAAGACUACCCAUGUGCUCGGGGUCAACACAUUGCUGCUCAGCUUAAUGGUUUCUUGUGUCUCUGCCUGUAAGGACCCGGACUUGGCCGACAUCACCGAUCACCGCAUAAUCCUCGGGAGACGCAAGCGUUCCGAAGCGUGCGGCCCUUUUGCUAUCCAGGCGGACCGGGGCUCAGCCUUGUGCAGCACACCCACUCGCCAAGUCGUAACGAUGAACCUCACUGGUGUCCAGUCACCACUGCUCAAAGCCAAGUCCAUCCCAUCUGCGUGCCAUGCCGUGGACAGUUCUGGCCAUGGCGAGCACGGCGGCAGACGAGGCUCCUCUCAUCAGGGGGCCUGGAAGGCUGCCAAGCCGAGCAACUGA